AUGUCUUGGACAUGCUGCUUGUCAUCAUAUCCAGACCUGAGCGAUGAUCUUCCUAUUGCAUUGCUCAAAGCCAUCUCUCAUCUUGGUUGGCAUAAUGCAAUGAUAGAAGAGAUGAAUGCUUUAGAUGAUAAUGGGAAAUUGGGAGCAAAGCCUUGUAGUACUCCAAUGACUCCGAACAUGCACCUUACAGGAGAUGGGGAACUAUUUGAAGAUCCUGAGAGUUCAUCAUUGGGCAGUGUUAAAGCAAAUUUUUUGUUACUUGAAGGAGCACCUGGAUGUGGUAUUGUGUAUAGAAUUAAUGGGCACACUCAUAUUAAUUGUUUUUCGGAUGCAAAUUGGGCAGGUUUCAAAAUGGAUAGAAGAUCCACUUCGGGUUAUUGUAUCUUUGUUGGAGGUAAUUUGGUCUCAUGGAAGAGUAAGAAGCAAAACGUUGUGUCAUGA